UUAUAUAAACUGCUAGGGGCAAACUGCUCAGAUGAAAACAAAACAGAUUGUUGUCAUUCACGCUGCCUUCACAUGCACCCGAAAUUUUUUGAAAAUACGAGUUUCAAACUGAAAAGUGCAUGUCUCCGUAAAUACAGUAUAGCAAUUUCGAGACGCAAAUUUGCUACUUGUUCAGUCUUUUAAUCUUCAUUGGUCGACGGUGGGUAAUUAUUAUUAUUAUUAUUAUUAUUAUUAUUAUUAUUAUUAUUAUUAUUAAAUUAGUUUUGUCUCGGUUUUAAUACAAAUUAGUCGUCAUUGGUUUACAUUUGCUAGUCUGUUGCAUUGUGUGUGUGUGUGUGUGUGUGUGUAUGUAUAUAUGCACAUGUUUACAAUGGCGUUAAGUGUGGGGAACAUAAAAAAAAAAAUCAGGCUACCUAACGUGCAGUUAUUUUGAAGGCAUACGUAAUUACUGAAUAAUAAGGAACAACUGAGGAGCAUGUGAAGGCAACAUUAUUUCGCGCCAAAUUUGUCCCCGGCUUCAAAGCGGAAGUAAUGUGCUGCAUGUUUCUGCUGUUGCUGUUGUCAUACUGCGUCUUGUCCUGUGUCUGUUGGUGUUAUAACAGUAUCUUUUUGUGUGUGUGCACGAGAACGGAUCGGUUAAGGUUUUGUGUGUAUCGUAAGGAAUGGAUGUAAAUAAGGUACAGGAGGAUACUGUGUCCAUGGAUGAGCUGGAGGAUGAGGAGCUGUGUGAAGCUCUCGCCGUUUUGGCUGGCAGUGAUCCGGAUAAGUGUUCAUAUUCUCGGGGAUAUGUGAAAAGACAGGCUGUGUUUGCUUGCAGCACUUGCAGAGGUGAGGGCAUGGAGCCGGCUGGAGUCUGCCUGGCCUGUGCUAACACCUGCCACGAUGAUCACCACAUCUAUGAACUGUACACGAAAAGGAACUUUCGCUGUGAUUGUGGGAAUAGCAAGUUCGGCUCGUUUAAAUGCAAACUGAUCCCUGACAAAGAGGGAAAGAACAACAAGAACAUUUAUAAUCACAAUUUCUUUGGCCGUUACUGCUCCUGUGACAGACCAUACCCUGAUGAGGAUGAUAAGGUUGGUGAAGCAAUGAUUCAGUGUAUUCUCUGUGAAGACUGGUACCACUCAAAGCAUCUAGGUUGUGCAGUUGUGGACUCUGAGGAGUUACUGGAGAUGGUGUGUGAGAGUUGUAUGAACAGAGCUCCCUUCCUUUGGACCUAUAGUGCCUACUUUGCAGUUCCCCCAGUAACCAAAGUGAGUCUCAAUAACGAGGAUGAGGAUGACCCCGUGGCAGGAAAUAAAAAAGAAGAGAAGGAUGCAGUGUUGCCUUCAUGCAGUAAUGGCCAUGAUGAGCCCUCCACAAGUAAAGACUGUCAAAAGGAAGCAAAGCUCACUAGUAAUGGAAUUAUGGCUGUAAACCACAAGAGGAAGCAUGAGGAGAUGGAGAGGUGUCCUGCUAUGUGCCAGUCUGAAACUGCAUCAUGCAUACUGAAGGAUUUAAAGGCCAAAGGCUUGGUGAGGCCAAGGGUGGGGGCAGUGUUCUGGCCAUACGACUGGCGGUCCAAGCUUUGCACUUGCACAAACUGCAAGAGAUCAUAUGUGGAGGCUGGUGUUCAUUUCCUGAUGGAUGAGUCAGAUACCGUGCUCGCAUAUGAGAAUAAGGGUGAGACAUUGCUGGAGGAAGACCUGCUCAUGUCCUGCCUCAGUUCCCUGGAUCGUGUCCAGCAACUGGAGAUCAUUUACCUGUACAAUGAUAUGAAAGCAGAGCUACGUGAGUUCCUUCAGCAGUUUGCUGACCAGGGAAAGGCCGUGACCCCUGAGGCUAUCCGCUUGUUUUUUGAGGAGCUUCAGUCAAGGAAAAGGAGGCGGGCCAAUGCUGGGCAGUAUUACUGCAGCUGAGCUGGGGUGGAGUGGACAUCAUAUACGAGGCGGGCAAUAAGCUUGGACUGGCUAUGAUGGCCUGGAGAGUUGGCUGGGGUCCAAAGGCUAUGGAUGUUUGAACAUUUCAGAUUGUUUCCAUUAAAUGAACCUGUCAAUUAUGAUGCUUUCCUCAAACUGGAUGAUUAAAUACAGCUUAGAAAUGCA